AUGGAACAAAUAAAGAGGGCAAAUAAACUGUUCACUAAUGACUGUAUAUUUCUGAGGAAAACCCUGAAUAUUCCUGUUAUAUCAGAUAAACCAUUACUGUUCAAUGGACUUAAUUCACUGGAGUCUCCUGAGAAUGAAACUGUUGACAGCUCCCCUUCUUGUGAUGAAGGACAAGUGACAGUUCAGGAAGAAAGUAGUUCUUCUCCCAGUCCUCAAGAACCUGAUAAUCAGCCCACUGCACCAGAAGAACUGUCUGCCAAAGAUUUCCUACAGAGGUUGGACUUGCAGAUUAAGUUAUCCAAACAAGCAGCCAGAAAACUGAAAGAUGACAAUGUCAGAGAGGAGGAGAAUGAGGAAGGUCCCUAUGCAACUUCUUCGUAUCACCAGUAGAAGACGGAUGUGAUGGCCUGAAAACUUUCCAUGAAAUCAGUUCUUAAAGAACUAAAUGGUCAAUAAGUCAAAACCCAAGUCUUUUGGACUCAUCAUCUUGAUGUACUUAAAACAAGUCAUGAAUGGGUAAUUGCACUGAAAUUAUGACCUCUUCUGCCUUCCAUAGGUUAAUGUCCUUCUGCUAUAUCAAAGGGUUUAAGCCUUCCAAAACUAGCAAUGGCCUUUUUACCCCUUCUGUGCAAACUGUAGCAUGGUAGCAACAAUAUAUCCUUGAGGUCACCUUUAUGCAGGAUGUUGAUCUUUAGUAAAGAUUUUGUAAAUACUUGUUAAAGUGAAAUCUGUUUUAAGUAUUUAAAAAUAUAAAACAAGUUUGCUUGUAAAUUACAAACUAUGAAAAUAAGUAAAUUUCUGUUAUUUGGCAAGCACAGGCAAGUUUACUGUGGAAGUUUUGUCUACUUCAGGGCUGCAGAACUUGCCUCUGAACUCUGUGUGUCAUUAUGAUGUAUUCCUGGAAAGGGGAAUUUGUCUUGUUUUGACUGGUUAAAGCCUUUGUGGUUAAACGACUGUUUGGAAAUUGGAUUUCUGCUAAUUAAAGGGAAGAGUUACAGCAAGAGAUUUUUCUUUGUGAAAUAUGACAUUGGAAUAUCAGAUGUGUGUUCUUGUGUGCAGUUAUAUUUUGUGUGGUUUUAAUUUAAUAAAUACAAAAA